AUGUGGAAAGCGGCUAUGGGAGACCGGGCCAAUGUUAUGCGAGAGAUCCUGACUCAGUAUGAGAUCGCGCCGAUUUGUCCAUAUUGCCCUCAAGCUGGCGACUUUCCUGGGCAUUUGCCGGCCCAAAAGCACUACCAGGCCCUGUGCAACGCCAAACUGGUGCCGGGCAAGAAGAUCAUUGAAAUCUCAAAAGAGUGCUACCAGACGUGGACUGUCCCAGGCGGAAUUCUGCGGUUCAACCACAUCAGUGGCGAAAUCGCUGCCUGCCGCGGCGUCCCGCCACCGACGACGCAGAGAGCAUUGGCGCUGGAGGGUCAGCACCUGCAGCAGGCGCUGCCUGCAUUUCCCGCUGCCGGAAACCAAGCGGCCGUGCCCCCAGAGUAUCCGACUGCCGCAAAUCCGGCGGUGUCCCCAGAGUAUCCGAUUGCCGGAAAUCCAGCGGUGCCCCAAGAGUAUCCGACUGCCGGAGAUCCAGCGGCAUUUGCGCCGGGGCCUGCCCAAGCUCAGAUUCCUGCUCCGAUUCCGGUGCAGGCCCAGCAUCAUCCAGCGGCCACGCCCAACUUCGGGAUCGGCCCUACCUCAGCUCCGCCACAGCCCGGGGAGACUAUGGGAGCUUAUGCGGGCUAUCUGGCACACUCCUGGAACCUGGAGGCGCCGCCAUUCCAGCCUGGCUACCAGGAGCCUUCUUCUGAAGUGGCACCAGGCUCCUGGCAGCGUCCUGAAGUCGCAACAGGUCACCAGGAGGCACCUGUCUUUGGCACAUCUGCGCAGGAGCCUGCUGUUCCUUCGGGAACCUUCGCCAACGGCUUCGACCAAGGUGCAGCACGACAUGCAGCCGCGGCUCCUGCGGCAAAGACCAUGCCUUCAGAGGAACAACUCGAAUUCUGGUACUGGAUGUGGAGAAAGUGUGUGUCCGGGAACAGAGAGGAAACCAAGCGUUCCCUGUCCCUAAUGCAAUUGGCACCAGAUGAGCUCGAGUGUGUGAUGUGUGCAGUGGAGGACUUCUCCUCCAUCGACGACAUGCUGGACCACUUCUGCAGCCGAGAGCAUUUCGAAGAGCUGGUCAAGCAGUCCAGCUACCCCAGGGUGCCCCAGGAUGCGACACCUGCCAAAGAAGCGUAUCCUGGCAGCACAGUUGUGGAUCUCGGAGGUUGUUCUGCAAAGGGCCAGCUGGCACAGCAGGCAGAAGGACGGCGGUUCUUCCGCGAGAAGUCAGCGCUGCAGGGUCCUCUGGAAUCGCAACCUGAAGCGAAGAGGGAUCCGAUUACUGAGGAAGAGCAAACGCCAAUGACAAAGGCAUGCAUGCCGGUGUUAUUAGGCCGACAGAGCGGCUCCGACAUGAUGCGACACAAGGCUGGUGCAUGUGAGACAGGAAUGCAAGAGCCGCAGAUACAGGACUCUCCAUUUCCCACGCUGGAUGUGAAGCAAUUAUGUUUCACAGGAGUGCUCGGACAAGGAGGUCUGGCAAAGGUUGGCAAGGUAAGGUGGCACAAGCAAGAGUUUGCAUUGAAGUUUGUGAAGCCGAUGCAGACGAGUGACCAGCAGCUACCUGAUCAGCGCCAACGAGACCUUGAACGCCUCUGCCGGGAAGCAACUAUAUUGCGGGAAUGCCAGCAUGAUCUGGUUGUUUCAGCCGUGGCUUGGAUAUCUGGCGCCAGGGAGGGUGUAAUGUUGGAGUUUCUUGGCCCAUCCUUGUCAUAUGCCCACACCAAUUUGGCUGAUCGACUCACUGCAGAAAAUUGGAGAAUUGCCCUUUAUUCCGCCGCCACAGCGCUGCAGCAUGUGCACAGCAGAUUGAUCUCCACCGAGACGUCAAAGAAGCGAACCUUUUGCUGCGGAAUUCUGCAAGUUCGUUUGAAGUAA